GAAGACGCUUUCUCCACAAAAUUAUCUUCUUCACAAGACGCUUGCUUUUCUUCGACUCCUCCGCAUUCCGCAAGUCAUUUUCUUUCUGAGAGGAGAAAACAAUCAAACAUGAUCAAAGCGCUCUCUUUGCUGCUCCUCCAAGUUGCCUUCCUCUUCACGCUCUCAGAAGCCAAAUCAAGCAUCAUACAGCCUGAACCGGCCAAAGACUUCAAUAUCAGCCAGAUACAGAAUGCGGGGACUUGUUCUUAUACGGCGAUUAUAACCACAAGCUGCUCCUCAACGAGAUACACAAGGGACCAGAUCAGUAUCUCCUUUGGGGAUGCUUAUGGCAACCAGAUUUAUGCACCGCGACUUGACGAUGCAUCUUCAAGAACAUUCGAACGGUGUUCUACAGACACAUUCGAGAUAUACGGACCCUGUGCAUACCAAAUCUGUUAUCUGUAUGUCUACAGAACAGGUCCGGAUGGUUGGAAACCUGAGAAUGUGAAAAUCUAUGGCCACAAUUCCAGGGCUGUUACCUUUUCCUACAACACCUUCAUUCCCAGUGAUCUUUGGUACGGCUUUAACUUGUGCAACACUGCCUCCUCUUCUGCCCAGCCAUCUGCUCAGAAAUGGCUUAUAUAUCUCAUUGUUGGGCUUCUUGUUUUUCUUCAAUUGUAAUCUUAGUAUUUUUCCCUAUGCCCCUAGUCUCUUACAUAGUUAUACUUUUGUCAAUGUUUAGAAGAAACAGAAGGUUGUAUUUUUCUUACGGAUUGGGCGAUAUAUGAAUCCCCUUUUUUACUAGAUUA